UCCGCCUAAUGUUGCAGGGGGGGCUCGUCCAUAUCAGUAAAUCUUAUUUAUGUAUUGUAGCUGGAAUAUCAGCGUGUUCGCGGCUUCGUGGUGGUGGGCAAGCUGUCACUGUCCCUCGGCAGGUUAAGUUUGAUUAAUCGUUUGCGUGGCGUUCACGCUUGGUAUAACUUGCAUGGUUUUUAUUUCAGCUGGGUUGAUUCCGCUCAUCCUCCAGAAAACUGCUGAGAUUUGUGCUGUGAGCAGCUGUAUGAUUUGUGUGUCUCGGUAACCGAUAUCUUCUGUAUGAAGACUGAAUGAAUAAUGGAGGACGAAGAAACAUCCAAAGAUGGAGAUUUUUCUCCAGGACACAGCCCAUUCCACAAUCAGAAACCAAACCCACCAGCGUCCAGCUGUGUGUCCAUGAAGAGUGACUGGUCUAAGCAGCAGCCAGUAACAUUUAAGAAUAAACAUACACCAGCUGAUUUGAGUCAGUUCUGUUCAGAGAGAUCAAACCCACCAGAGCCCAGCUGUGUGCCCAUGAAGAGUGACUGGUCUAUAAUGCAGCCAAAAACAUUAGAGGGAAGACACACAUCAGCUGAUCUAAGUCAUGACUCUCAAGUGGUUCAAAGCGGAUUGAAAUCAAAUCUGCUGAAGAAGUUUAACUUUCUGUAUGAAGUAACAGAAAACCAGGGAAACCCAACACCCCUGAAUGAGAUCUAUACAGAGCUCUACAUCACAGAAAGUGAAAGUGGAGAGAUUAAUAAUGAGCAUGAGGUGAGACAAAUUGAGACACAAUCCAGGAGAGCAGCAACAGAAGACAAACCAAUCAAAUGCAAAGACAUAUUUAGACCUUUACCUGGACAAGACAAAGCCAUCAGAACUGUGCUGACAAAGGGAGUCGCUGGCAUUGGAAAAACAGUCUCUGUGCAGAAGUUCAUUGUGGACUGGGCUGUAGGGAAAGAGAAUCAGGACAUCCAGCUCAUAUUUCCACUUCCUUUCAGAGAGCUCAACUUGUUGAGGAACAAGAAAAUCAGUCUUUCAGCUGCUCUUCAUGUCUUUUUCCCUGAAACUAAAAAAAUUAAUCCAUUCAAUGGUGAAUAUAAAGUUGCCUUUAUUUUUGAUGGUCUGGAUGAGUGUCGUCUGUCUCUGGAUUUUCAGAGUGAUGUGAGGUUGUGUGAUGUAAGUGAAUCAGCCUCAGUGGACGUGCUGCUGAUGAACCUCAUUGUGGGAAAUCUGCUUCCCUCUGCUCUCAUCUGGAUCACCUCCAGACCAGCAGCAGCUGAUCUCAUUCCCUCUGAGUGUGUCCAUCGAGUGACAGAGGUACGAGGCUUCAAUGAGCCACAGAAGGAGGAAUACUUCAGUAAGAGAAUCAGUGAUCAGAGUCUGGCCAAUACAAUCAUCACACACCUGAAGUCAUCAAGGAGCCUCUACAUCAUGUGCCACAUCCCAGUGUUCUGCUGGAUCUCAGCCACUGUUCUAGAGAAGAUGUUGCAGAAAUUACAGAAAGGAAAGAUUCCCAAGACUCUUACACAAAUGUACACACACUUCCUGAUCAUGCAGACCAACAUCAAACAUGAGAAGGACUAUGAAAAGACAGUCAAAGAUGAAGACAUGAUCAUCAAACUGGGGAAACUGGCUUUUCAGCAGCUUGUGAAAGGCAACCUGAUCUUCUAUGAGGAAGACCUGAGAGAGUGUGGCAUUGAUGAGACCGAAGCAUCAGUGUACUCAGGAUUGUGCACUCAGAUCUUCAGAGAGGAGUUUGGCUUGUAUCAGGGGAAAGUCUUCUGCUUUGUUCAUCUGAGCAUCCAGGAACAUCUAGCAGCUCUAUAUGCACACCUCUCCUUUACAAAUAACAGAAUAAAUGUGUUUGACCAAACUGAACACAGUCUAUUCUCUAAAGUUUCCAACUACUUAAAAUAUAAUUCAUUAUCUGGUCUGCAUCAGAGAGCUGUGGAUGAGACUUUACAGAGUAAGAAUGGACAUCUGGAUCUUUUCCUUCGUUUCCUUCUGGGUCUCUCACGGAAGUCUAAUCAGACUCUUUUACAAAAGCUACUGACAAAAACCGGAAGCUGCUUCUACGAUAAAGAUAAAACAGUUCAGUACAUCAAACAGAAGAUCAGGGAGAAUCACUCUCCAGAGAGAUCCAUGAAUCUGUUUCACUGUCUGAAUGAACUGGGUGAUGAUUCACUGAUGCAGGAGAUCCAAGAUUAUCUGACAUCUGGGAAAAUUAAGCAAAUCAAACUCUCCUCUUCACAGUGGUCAGCUCUGGUUUAUGUGUUGCUGACAUCAGAGCAGAAGAUGGAUGUUUUUGAUCUAAAACAGUUUAUUGGAGCACAAAAUACAGCAGAUGAAGUUCUUCAGAAGCUGCUGCCUGUGGUUAAAGAAUCCAGAUCCGUUCACUUGUGGAGCUGUGGUGUCACAUAUAAAGGUUGUGCUGUUUUGGCUUCAGCUCUGAGAUCAAACCCCUCACACCUGAGAGAACUGGAUCUGUCUGGAAAUCAAAUAGGAGUGUCAGGAAUGAAUCUGUUAUUUGAUGGUCUAAAGGGUCCUCAUAGUAAACUGGAAGCACUUUGGUUGAGUGAUUGUGGUGUCACAGAUGUAGGUUGUGCUGCUCUGACUUCAGCUCUGAGAUCAAACCCCUCACACCUGAGAGAACUGGAUCUGUCUCGAAAUGAAAUAAGAGCAUCAGGAAUGAAGCUGCUCUCUGCUGUACUGGAGAAUCCUUACUGUGAACUGGAGAUACUAAGGUUAUAUAGUUGUGAUAUCACAUAUGAAGGUUGUGUUGCUUUGGCCUCAGCUCUGAGUUCAAACACAUCACACUUGAGAAAACUGGAUCUGUCUAAAAAUAAAAUAGGAGACUCAGGAGUGAAUCUGCUCUCUGGUGGACUGAAGGAUCCUCGCUGUAAACUGGAGAUACUGCUGUUGUGGGAUUGUGGUGUCACAGAAGAAGGUUGUGCUGCUCUGGCUUCAGCUCUGAGAUCAAACCCCUCACACCUGAAAGAACUGAAUCUGACUGGAAAUAAACUAAGAGACUCUGAUGUGAAGCUGCUCUCUGAUCUGAAGGAUAAUCCACAUUAUGAAUUGAAGACGCUUAAGUUUUAGCUGUUCUCUGGAUCAGCUAAUGGUGAAUAAAGAGUCACUACAGACAGACAUCAACAUUCAACAGAAUCAACAGAUACAAACCCAUAGUGAUCAUCAUACAUGCAUGUGUUUGUGUAACAUUACAGAAUGAUCCAAUCCUUGAUCUAAAGUCAAACAAGGAAACCUUUGGGUACCACAUUUUGCAUAAUAACAUCACCAGUUGUUAGUGACAAUCUGAGUUAUCUUCCAUUCAAUCCAUAAUCCAGUAGAUUUCAACUCAACAUAAAAGUUGUUGAAAUCUGCCUAAAAGAGUUGCAAUCUGCCUUUGAUAGACUUGAUAAUAAAAAAAAACACUCUGUGCUCUGAAUAUGAUGCCUUUGUAUUCUAGUUUUGUUUAUUAUUUUACGGUGAACUGUGAGCUCAAAUCACAUUUUACACUUAAGUUACCAUAUUCUGUCAGUUGCAAGUUAAUGUCAUAGAUACGUGUGCAGAGUAAUGAUCGUUCACACAAUUGCUCUAAGAGGGAGGUAGACAACACUGCUCCUGGGGAUAUGGUCCUGCAGAGUUCAGCCCCAACAACUGCACUUGAACCAGCUAAUCAAGGUAUUCAGGGUUAGUUGAAUAUUGUAGUCAGGUGUGACGGGAACUGAAGUUUGAAAAAAAAAAAAAAAAAAAAAAAAGUGCAGGUGCAAAUCAGGAGCAGGUGUUGGCUACCCCUGGAAUAGCCUAUGACAUGUAAAUGAUUUUCAAUCCUGUUAACUAAAUUAUCAUGACAUUUUGAUGUCUCAGAUUUAACAUCUACCAGAUAUCUCUUACAGUGAGUAUCUUGUAUGUCCACCAGCUGUUUUAAGUACUAUAGUGCAUCUCAUCCUCAUAACUACACCAGAUUUUACAAUUCUUGCUGAGAUAUUUCUCCACUCUUCCACAAAGGCAUUUGCAAGCAAAGGACUGUUUCAGCUGUCCUUCAUUUCUCCCUGUACCACUUUUUUUUAUGUGUAUUAUAUUACAGACAUUGAAGUUUAUUGCUCUGGCCGCAUCUGCAGUCCUCUUGCCUCCCUGCAGUGGGAAUAUGGCAUAUUCACACAGGUGUUUAGGGACCCUGGGCAUCUUUCUUCUGGUGUUUUUCAUAGUCGAUAGAAAGGUCUCUUUACCGGUCUUUUAGUUACAAUAUUCUAAGUUAUUGUAAAUGUGACCUAAUUAUCACCUAUAAACUGUAAGUGUCUUAAGGAUUGUUCCACACAUGUGUGUGCAAUAAUUGUUUAUGGUUCAUUGAACCAGCAUGAAAACCCGUUAAGCAAGCAACCGUUGAACAAGCAUGAAAAACAUGCUUAAACCGUUUCCAGUAAAGACUUAUAAAGCUUAUUUGGAUUAAGCAUAGUGUUUGAUCAGCUGACUACUGUUUCCUGCAGGUCCUUUCUGGAUGUCUGUAAUCUGAUCCAAUAUGGAAGCAUAGAUGUAGAUGUUUGUCUCCAGUGCUAGAAGAUUCUUUAUGUAGUUUUGAGGCAAGCCGGUGCUUUUUUUGGAUUAGUCAGUCAGGCUGAGGGUGAAGGGUAAAUUGUAAUUUUGUAUGGUGGUAAAGAUGGACAGGAUCUGAAAUGAUUCAGCUUGUAUGUCAGGCAGAGAAGUGGUCCCUCCUUUGUUUCCACUGAGACAUCUAAUGAGCUGUAUGCACCCUCAUGAACCUGUUCCUUCAUAAAACUUGUGCAAGAUGCAGAAUACAGUUGUAUGCAAAAGUGUGAUCUCCCUAGGUGAAAAAAUGUUUCAUAUAUUUUCUCAUUAACGAACACAGUAGAAUCAUGUCUGUAAGCACAUGUAGACAAUGCAUUUCUGCUUUAUUUAUUUUAUUAAACAAAUGGAACAAAAAUAAAACCAUAAAUGUACACCCUUUUAAUCAGUAUUUCAUAAUUUCACACCACACCAGAACUUACAGCUUCUAAAUGUUUCUUGUACUUUGCUAACAGUCUUUCUAUCUAGUUCAGCAUUCUUAAGGUGUCUCACCUACACUGCAUAUUUGAGCAUUUUAACUGUCAGACUGAACAGUAGCUGUAAUGAACUGUGUUUUCUCAAACAGUGGUUUCCAACAAGGAGUUUGAACUGAAUUUCUAAGACUACUAAGCUCAGA